AUGGAAGAAUCGUUGAUUGAUCUAUCCGAGGUUGUUGGAACCAACUUAUUAUCAGCCAUUCGUCAACAGGAUGGCAAAGAAGCCAUCCGACUGCUGAGGAAUAGCAACAUCGACGUCACAGUAACGGAUAUGAUAGGAAUGGGAUGUUUGCAUUACGCUGCUACCUCAGAUCGAUUCACAGACAUCACCAGACAGUUGAUAGUAGACAAGGGUAUGGAUGUCAACACCAAAGACGUGAUUAAUCAAACACCCUUACACAAGGCGACAUCUAGUGGCGAAAUAGAUGUCAUGGUGAUGCUGGUAGCACUUGGCGGAGAUUUGGCUGCUGUUGAUGACAUGAAUAAUUUGCCAUUAACACUAGCAGUGAAGGACCGUAACGUGAUAGCCGCGGAAACUUUAAUGCUGUUGGGAUCUCCUGCCAUCAUGAUAGAGGCACCGGCUGGUACAUGUGAUGGGAAUGAUGAAACUUUGUAUGAAGAUGAGACGUUAGAAAGUUUGGAAGCAAGUUUGAUGGAGCAUGAGAAAACUGUUGAGGCAUUAAAAUACGGGUAA